AUGAAGAUUGUACAGAUUGGCGCCUUCGCCGCGACAGUGGCAUCCCUUGCGACCACUGGCUUGACUGCCAAUGAGGAGAACCGCAUUUACGAGGGUUCAGAUGCAAACAUCGACAAGUUCCCGUUCCUCGCUAGUCUGCGUGAUUCUUUCUUUGACGAGACCUUCUGUGCCGGUACGCUCAUCGCCCCCCAGUACAUUCUUACGGCUGGUCAUUGCAUUAGGACUAGCGAGAUGGACAUUGUCGCCACUUUUGGUACGAACGACAGCACUGGUUCUGGCUCCGGUGAAGCCACCUCGAUACCCGUCAUUAAAGGUUUCCGCCACCCGUUGUACAAGAAGAAGGAGCACUUGUACGAUGUGGGUUUGCUUAAACUCAAAAAGCCGAUUAAGCGCAAAACGGCAAAGCUGUGCGCAGCAGACGGAUCCAGCAACAAGGUCGGUACCCUUGGUACUGUUCUAGGAUGGGGCAAGACCGAGACCAGCGGCGAGCUGGGCAGCCCUAUCCUGCAGCAGCUCACGCUUCCUGUCAUCUCGAACGCGGAGUGUGGCAAAUUUAAGAAGUACGUUGGCCGUAUCACGGAGGGUAUGCUGUGUGCCGGAACCGGUGACGGCAGGGACACGUGCAAUGGUGACUCGGGUGGUCCGCUUCUCGUGGACGGCAACAUCCUCAUUGGAUGCGUGAGCUGGGGAAGCAAGUGCGGUGAACAGGCUGGUAUUUUCACUCGUCUUACGUACCAAGUUCGGCGUGGCAUCGUCCUCCGCCUCUUCGAUGGAGCAAAUUUCGCUCCCGUCGUCGAUGGACUCGUCGGAGUCGACGUCGGGCAGUGA